AUGAGUACUCCUUUAGUGAAGGUAAUCGAGGUUAUCUACGAGCGCGAGAGCGAAUCGCCCGUUCCUCGACAUGCCAUAGAUCUUACCUAUAUGAGGGAGGGGGAUAGUAUUGUGCCCGACCAGGUUCCCGUGCUGGGCGAUGACCUGGAUAUAGAGGAUCCCAUGGUUCCUCACUAUGCGGAUACCGGGGGUCAGCUUGCCCAGGAUGAGCAAGCGGCGAUGGAUCCGUCCAAUAUACUCAAUGGCGCCGAUCGUUUACGCCACCGAAGGCCAUUCUCAGCGGACGAGUAUGACGAAGUGCGGGAGAAUGGUUUACCACCCGAUAUUCGGGACAGUAUUUCGGGGGUGUCGGCCUUACGGUUGACAGACGAUACAUGA